GUGUGAUUGGCUUCACGAAGGAGGAUUUGGCACUAGUGACAGGAUUGAAGAUAGGGGGAGAAUUGCCCAAUAUUCUUGAGGUACCAGGUGGGGACUUGUGCCGAAGAUACUUUGGUAGUAAAAAAAUAAUAGUUAUACAAGAUAUUAUUCAAGCAAUGGAGGAGUACAAUUCUAAGUAUCCUGGCACAGAGAAAGAAGAUGGCACUAAAUUGGCAUUGUUGUAUGUCAUAACAAAUGGUUUCCUAGGUAAUCAGUACUCACAUCGUAUCCCUAGAAAAUAUAUCAACUUAGCAGAAGAUGUUGAUGCUUUCAAUUCUUACCCCUGGGGAGAGGAUGUCUGGACUGACCUUGUGACAAAUAUGAAAAACAGUGCCCAAGCAUUGAAGAUAUGUACAGGAAAAAGGGUUGCUUUCCCAGGUUGUAUGCUUGCAAUACAAAUUUGGGCUUUUGAAACUUUUCCAAGUUUGGCUAGUGCAGGAUUGUGCAAUAAAAUUGAAGGAAAAGAAGAACAAAUACCACGGACUUUGAGAUGGUCUUUUCACAAAAAACCGUCAAUAGAAAAGUUCUGUGAGCUCAUCUUCAACAAUACUGAGUUUGAGUGGACAAGAAUGGAUCCAAGUCAAGAUGAGAUUAAAUGCAUUGAAGGGCUUCAGGGAAUAGAAGGCAAUGAAGCAUUCCAGGACUUAAGAAUUGAUGCAGACAGAGCACUACAUAAGAAGAAGAAGAAAAAGGAUGCACAAAAACAAAAAGGAAAUGAGAAAGAAACUGAAACAGUGCUAGAUGGCAGAGGCAGCUGAAAAAGUGCAAGGAGUAACAAGAAUGAAAGCAAAAACGAGAAAGGAGAGUGUAGCGGGUCCAAAGACAUUGAACAGAUGGCCAGG